GUGCUUGUACGUGCGGUGUUCCCGCUAAGGGGGAGGAGGCGGCGAUAUUAGAAGCGGCUGAGGCGGUGCUUUGAGUAGCUGAGACCACUUCAUUAGUUAGCCGGCAGGGGUGGGGGGGUUGGUAUGAUAUAGCCAUAACUACUACACUACUGUCGUCUUGUUUAUUCCUUCCUUCACCUGAGGAGCAGCUCGACAAUUACAGCAGUGAAGUGCAAUCAGCUGUGAGGUUCUACCCGCCGAGAUGUUCAGCUGGCUGGGGAAAGAUGAUCGGGGCAAGAAGGAUCCCGAGGUGUUUCAGACCGUGUCCGAGGGACUGAAGAAACUCUACAAAACCAAACUGCUCCCCCUGGAAGAAUAUUACAGGUUUCACGAGUUUCACUCGCCGGCCUUGGAGGACGCGGAUUUCGAUAACAAGCCAAUGUUGCUGCUGGUCGGCCAGUACUCCACCGGCAAGACCACUUUCAUCAGGUACCUUUUGGAGCAAGAAUUUCCAGGAAUGAGAAUUGGACCUGAACCAACAACUGAUUGCUUUAUUGCUGUAAUGCAUGGAGAUACGGAGGGUGUGAUUCCAGGCAAUGCUCUCGUGGUGGAUCCAAAAAAGCCUUUCAGGAAGCUUAAUGCCUUUGGUAAUGCAUUUCUGAACAGGUUUAUGUGUGCGCAGGUGCCAAACCCAGUGCUGGAAAGCAUCAGUGUCAUCGACACGCCUGGCAUCUUGUCUGGAGAGAAACAACGCAUCAGUCGAGGUUAUGACUUUGCAGCAGUAUUGGAGUGGUUUGCAGAGAGAGUUGACCGUAUCAUUCUGUUGUUCGAUGCUCAUAAGCUGGACAUUUCAGAUGAAUUUUCUGAUGUUAUCAAGGCAUUGAAGAAUCAUGAAGAUAAGAUCCGUGUGGUGCUGAACAAAGCUGACCAGAUUGAGACCCAGCAACUGAUGCGAGUUUAUGGUGCACUGAUGUGGUCUUUAGGCAAAAUUGUCAACACACCUGAAGUGAUUCGGGUGUACAUUGGAUCGUUCUGGUCUCACCCUCUGUUGAUUCCAGACAAUCGCAAGCUAUUUGAGGCAGAAGAACAAGAUUUAUUUAAAGAUAUCCAGAGCCUCCCUCGAAAUGCUGCUUUACGGAAGCUCAAUGACCUAAUCAAGAGGGCACGACUUGCAAAGGUCCAUGCCUAUAUUAUCAGUGCAUUAAGAAAAGAGAUGCCAGCUGUAUUUGGUAAAGACAAUAAAAAGAAAGAAUUGAUCAACAGUCUUGGGGAGAUUUAUGUCAGGAUUGAACGGGAGCAUCAAAUCUCCCCAGGAGACUUUCCUAACAUUAAAAAAAUGCAGGAUCAAUUGCAAGCUCAAGAUUUUGCCAAGUUUCAGCCACUAAAGGGUAAACUUCUGGAGUCUGUAGACGACAUGUUAACUAAUGACAUUGCUCAUCUUAUGGUCCUCGUACGUCAGGAGGAAGUUUCAAGGCCAAAUCAGAUUGUGAAGGGAGGAGCCUUUGAAGGCACAAUGAAUGGCCCAUUUGGACAUGGUUAUGGCGAAGGAGCUGGUGAGGGCAUUGAUGAUGUAGAGUGGGUUGUAAUCCGCGAUAAACCAAGUUACGAUGAGAUUUUUUACACCCUUUCACCUGUCAAUGGCAAAGUCACUGGUGCAAAUGCGAAGAGGGAGAUGGUGAAGUCAAAGCUGCCAAACACUGUUCUUGGAAAGAUUUGGAAGCUGGCAGACAUUGACAAGGAUGGGAUGUUGGAUGAUGAAGAGUUUGCAUUAGCUAAUCACCUAAUUAAGGUCAAGCUGGAAGGCCAUGAACUGCCAAGUGAUCUUCCACACCACCUGAUUCCACCAUCAAAGAGGAAGCAGGUUCAAUAAAAUCAAAUGGUGAAAUUUCACUGUCUGAACAUACAGUAGAGCAUUGGGUUGAAAAUAUUUGGGUGGGAAGACUGGGAGAAUAGAAGUGGAACAAAGUAUUUAAAGUAUUAAUCUAGGCAGAUAAAAUACAAGUUCUAGGUUUUUAAGUGUAUUCAUUCUUUCAAAGUUUUAAAAAAAGUCAUUGCCAAUAAUGAAUACAGUAUUACCAACAUUAUCUGGUAGCAAUAAAUUGAAUGUUCAAGCAGGAAGGCAGAAUCUCACCCUUUUGAGCGGUGGAGGGAAUAUUGUCUAUUCAGCUACACUUUACCCAAAAUCAAUCUAGUGGGUUUUACAUAUCACUAAAUUUAUUUUCUGUUGUUUGUCAAACAUUGCUAUUUUAACAGUGUUGGACAAAAUAGUGUUGAAAUGGGUCAUUCCUUGAAACUUGAAUUGUUUUGCUUUCUUUCAGCAUCAUUCAGAUGGAUUAUACUCGACCUUGUUUGAUAUAGCCAGGAAAAAUGUUUAACCUUGUUCCAUUAUGUACCAAAUAUAUAAUCUGCUAAUGCCAUUCAUUGCUAGACUUUUGUGUUCUGCAGCUUCUGAACAAUGACUUUGAACAUGGUUUCAGUGUCUUCUGUUCAAGGGAUCAUGGGCUUACAGAAGGUUGAGGUGAUUAAAUAGUGGUGAGAAUAUCAACAGUGUGAAAGUUUGGAAUGAUGGAGGAAUGCAGCAAAUGUAAAACUUCCAAACAGUGUAUAGACCUUUCCAUGUCGUUACUAAUCUGCAAGAGAUAAUUGUGUAUGUGUGAGUAUGUGUAAAUUUGAUAUUACAAAAAAAGCUGAACCAAAUUCCCUAUGCUAUGAAGCAUUCAAUGACAGAUGGUGUAUUGUAUGUAUUGAACAUGGUGCCUAUUCAGUGCGAAAAACACUUGUACAUUGUAAUUUCAUGCAUUCCUGAGGUAAGGUGAUUAGUAAAUAUUCUCUGGUUUGGUACACUGGCUUGUCUUCUAGAUUCUAUCCUGUAAAACACUUGACUAUUUCCCACAUUUCACUUUUGUGCAUGUCUCGUCUGUCGUCCUUCCACGAGUAAGGAAAAUAUUGUAAAUAGCCCUUAAAAAAACAUUUAGUGCACUUUUCCCCUCACUGGUUGUGCAAAAAGCAUACUGCAUAUUUGUGGGAUGAAUAUUUUGUAUCUGUAAUGUGAAUUCCUUGUAACUAAAUUUCCUAAUGAGCUUUCAUAAGUUUUGUAGCCGAAAGCAGCCCAAAGGAGUAUUCAAAUGAGAUGCUGAAAGGAUCUGCAGAAUCGAUCCUUAUGGAUAUCAAAACUGUUGCAAAUUGUUUGUUGAUGAACAGUGAGAAGCUUCCACAAGUCCUCUUCCAUACGAAUUUCAGCAAUAGUAUAAAUCCACUGUCUAGCUCCUUGCAUCUUGACCCAGGCCAAAUAGACUGAAAUUCUCAUUAUUUUCUACAAAACCUAUUUUCAGCAGCAGUAGUGCUUGGUAUUAAUAGACCAUACAUUUACCCAUUUAGGCUGGAGGUACAAUUCAUCCAAUACUUGAUUUGUCCAUUAUCUUUUCAGGAUCAGGAAGCUUGGUCCCUGAAAAACUAUAGGAAACAUUGGGUAACAUCUGAAUUUUCUUCCCCAAAUAUUAGAAUUUUUCAACAUACAGUAAUAUCAAUUACCUAUAUACAUUUUCCCAUAUCCUUACAAUAUAACUACUUCUGGAUUGCACACUUCAACUAGAUACUAGUAGGACAAAUGUUGCAUAUGCCUGAUAUUAAUGUUUGGGGAUAUUGCCAAUUACUCAGGUAGUUUUUGAAUUUCCUCAAAUUUUAUCAUGUUUUAUUUUCCACAAAAAGUUUCAAGUGAAGUAACUCCUACUUAAAGUAAUGAGACCUUGUGUUUUGACAAUGAGACUAAAUUGGCCUAAAUCAGUUACAUAGACAAAUUUGGAAGUCUCAGUUCAUAAAAUAUUUCAGAAAAUUGUUGAUUCGUCAGAAUUGUUUUUUUUGCAAAUUUAAAUUAAUCUCAAAUUCAAGAUCAGAUUACUAGCAAUUGAACUUGAUUUUAUUCUCAGUACUGCAGUAUUGUCUGUGGAGGGGAGGUCACGUGGGAAGGAAGAAAUGUUCCUGAAAUUUAUGUAAAUAGAAUUCUAACUUUCUAAGCAGAUACAUAUGAGAAUUUAGAGAAAGAGGAUUGUUGCAGUGGUUUAGAUGAGUGGGAUUGAAUUCAUUAUUGGGAGAACUAGGUGAGGUAAAUUAUUUUAUUUCCAUUCCAUGUGUUCAUGUAUUAUUAAAUGUCAAGUGCUUGUGCAGCAGUUGUUGCAGUGUACGAAUUAAACACAAGAUUAGGUUAGCGAGAAAGAAAUGCCAUGACGAGCUCUUUAAGGGUUGAUGUUCACUGUGACUGUUCAAUGAAAGGAUCUACCUUUCAGGGGAGUACACUUGCAUUUUUCCUGGUACAAUUUGGGAUUUUAUAUACCAGCACUUUUAGCUAAAUUAAUAUUUAUAAACUUCUUUUGCUGUUCUUUGAAGUUUAGUAGUAAUGGAAAUCCCUGAAAAAAAAAUUUCUUUCUCAAACACAUGUCUAAUGCAAUUCAAAUUUGUAUACUGAUAGUGCGUUUAACUCUGAAGGUUGAGGGUUAAGAGUAUUAUCAAUUCCAAUGAAAACAGAACACUAAUGAUUCGCUUAUUAUGGAGUAAAGGGCACCCCUGGCUUUCCAGCCAAGCUUCUCCCAAUCCCCCCACCCAGCAUUCUUGCACAAGAUCCCAGUGGAAAUGAGGCUGUCCUAGUUGCUUCAAUUCAAUAAAUAUCUCUGCCUCACUGGGCUUCAAAUUACUUCAAAUAAGUAAUAAAGUAUUAGUCUAACUGAGUGCACCACCUUUUGAUGCGACAUGUCUGCUACUGUAGUCCAUAUGACUUUUUUUUAUAAUUCACUAUUUCAAGUCAUUACAUUUUAUUAAACUUUGGUGCCAUGUCAUCAUUGAACAGUAAAAUCUACUGAACUAUUUUCUGCUAAACUUCAGGAAAACCAAUAUGGAAUUUUCUGUGGCUUUGAAUUGGAAAUAUCUUGUUCACUGUGUGCUGGGUUCUUUGUCCUUUGAUGUGUGCAAUUUUUUUUUAAACAUUCCACAUUUAUAAUUCUAUAUACAUCUCAUAAAGUCAUGUAUCCGAGUUUUGUGAAGGUUGUUAUUCCAUCCAAUAGUAAUCAGCGCAUGCUUAUUUUAAUGAGCUAAUUGUAACUUUAAAACUCGCCUUGUAGAAGAUUUGAGUCUUAAUACAAUAUAGUGCAAAUGAGCGAUUUUCAUGAUUUAUCUGUCUGUCUUUAAAUCAUUAAUGGGCCUGAUCAGUUGCCACAAGUGUGACAGAUAUGGCAAGUAUUUGUGAAUUUGCAUCUUAAUUCUUUAUAUAGAAUAAUGCAAUCCAGAUCAAAUAUCUGAGCUAGUAACUGAGUGUUAGUAUCUCAAAUCACUCUGUUGAACGUACAUUUCCUCAGUCACUUUUUAGGAUUAAAGUAGGGUUGAAUUCUUGAUUUCACUGUAUUUGCACUAUUAAACAUUUACUCCAUUAUUGUAAUGUUUUGCAAAAUGGUAAUGAGCAAUGUGCUCCCUGAAUGUACCAAAUCAUAAUAGGAUGCUGCAGUGUAAAGUUUGGAAAAAUCUUUAAAAAAAACUAAUCCCAGUAGCUCAAUGGUUGUUUUGCAUUUGGAUAUGUAAAUUUUGAAAAUGCCUUUAAUAUAGUAUUAAGCCAUUAUGGUUGCAUUUGAUGGUUGGAAAAUGGUUUUGUUUCAGUAGUAAUGUCACUGUUUGACCAAAGUACUUUAAAUUAUAUUAAUACUGUAAUUUUGAAAUUUGAGUUAUCAAAUGAUAAUUAUGGUUUCAUGUAUUAGCAAACUAAUUUUAAUAAUAAUCCUUGCAUUUUCAUCACUUACCAGUUAUAGCACUAUUACACAUUAGUGUUAGAUUUUAUUAACAGAUGUGUAUAGAAAGCUUUGUAGUUUCUGUGAACUCCAAUAAAAAAUAUUAUGCCA